ACGUCAUCUCUUUGCGCCAGCUGCACGGGUGGACCGGCCACAACAUCGCAGGGAUGUGAGGGCAAAUUGAACAGAAAUUUAAUUCAAUCAAAUAGUCCAGUAAUCUAGAUUUAAUACAAAUAUGACCGAGACACUUCGGGAACCCAAACCGUUGAGGAGCGACUAGGCUGUCUACAAGAGUUGACCAAGUUCACAGAAAACUGUCAAAAACAGUUGAACGACAUACUUGAAACGCUGGGAUGGUCUCCUGAAUAUGAUGGCUCCGCUCAGGAGACGAUGGUCCAGUGUCCCUUCGACCCAAACCAUCGCAUCCCGGUCAGAUCCCUGGAGAGACACAAAUCCUCCUGUAGCCUCAGUAAAAUGGGCUACUCUGCUGAGGAGCAGGAAGGGAUGUACGACUCUUCAGUUUGUUAUGAGAAGUCAAACAUAAGAAGUGUCAAAAUGGAUGAAGCUACGCAGCAACAGGUGAUCCUCAAGGCAAGAGCUGCUGCUCCGUUGAUGAGGAUGGAGGGAGUGUUCUGGCAAGGUGAGUACACUAGCCAGCCCUUGGACGUGCCCCAGAACCACAAGCGGGCGCUCUGUGACCUCACGGUGGCCGACCGGUUGGCUCUGUACGACCACGUGACCGGUGAGCUCAACCAACAGCAGCAAGAGGCCGCCGCCAACGAGGACCUCUACGUUGAUCUGGUGGCCAAACUCAAGAGGGACGAACAGCAGGGAGAGCCCAAGUCGCACCUGGAGCUGAUGGCCGAGAAGAGAGACUACAAGAGGAGGCGGCAGUCCUACCGCGCCAAGAACGUCCACAUCACCAAGAAGUCCUACACAGAGGUCAUCAGGGAGGUGAUAAAAGUGCACUCUGGGGUGCUGGCCCGAGAGUGGAAAGAGGAGAGCUGCGAAGAGGAGAAGGAGAAGGCUGAGAAGAAGGAAAAGGAGCAGGUGAAGGAGAAGGAGGAGGAGGAGAGGGGCUCAAUAAGCUCCUCAAAGAGGCGGAGGUCAGACGACGAGUGUUCGGAGUCGCGGGAGUCGCAGGCGUCCCACGACAGGAGGCGGCAGCGCAGCCGGAAGCACAGCCCGGAGCGAGAGGACAGGAAGAGGAAGAAGAGAGAUUCAGGUUCUCCAGACGAGCGGCAUCACGAGCGGAAGAAGAAAAAGAAGAAGAAGAAAAAAGAUGAGAAGGAGAAGUAAUGCGGUGAUCAUCUUUCAAGAAACACAAACCAGAGCGGCUUCAUGCUGUGGGACAAACAUCACGCUCAAGGAUUACAAAUUAUGGACUCAAGGCUGUCAAUUGCAUUUAUCUUUUUUAUUUCUGUUCCUUUCUUUCUAAUUUCUGUUUCUUCCUUUACAUUUAUGUUUGUAUUAUUUUCAGACACCGCUUUUCAAAAGGGUGCUUUGAAUCUUGAGUUGUUGUUGACACAAGGUCGUCAAACGACCCCAUGACAAAUAAAGUUGUUAUCUCGUCACAGGUCA